AUGCGGCAAAUAAGACAAACAGACGGACCGCGAAAAUUCCGCAUUGCUGACGUGGUUUACGCAAGAAACUUUCAAGGUCCCGAAAAGUGGUCCAGUGGUACUGUCCUGGGUAAAAAAGGGAACGUGGUCUACGAAGUCGACGUUGGACAAGACGUAUCAACCAGCUACGACCAAACCACAUGCAAACUCAAUACCGGCAAGAAGCAGAAAGUUUCCAGUGGGACAUCUUGUUUGGACGACGAACAUGUUCGACGUCUCGAACUAUCCCAGAACAUGACAGUACCGCAUAGUUUACAGCUAAGACCCAAUCGAAAACGGAAACGACCAAACUGGCUCCAAGUGCCGAUUAGGCAAAGGAUCUGA